GUUCAAUCCUCAUCAUCAUCUACGUUAUCUCUCUCUUUCUCUGUAUGCGUGCCUAGCUGAGUAGAGUGAGUGAAACCAGUGGACCCCUUUCUCCUUCUCUUCUCUUCCAAUCCAAUCCAAUCCAAUCAAAACCAAAACUCCUUUGCUGAUUCUCAUGCUCAAUUAUGCUCUAUUCCUCAAUUCAAUUCCCCUCUCAAUCUUUCUAGGUCUCAUCUCAAUUUCUCCCAGAUUUAGUCCUUCAUGGCCGCAGCCGCCAAGCCGGAAUCGGAAUCCGCCACGGUUCCAACGGAUCAACCUUGCAAAGUUUCCAUGGUGAAUGGUUACAUUGUCUACACUCGAGCCAAGAGGCCUCUCGGUUCGUCCAACGGUUUUUCUGGACACGUGGAAUUAACCGCGAAUGCGGAGCUGGCAGUUGAACCGGGGAACGGAGAGUGUAACGAGAUGAAGAACGAGUCCCCUGACGUAGCGGGGAGGACGCCCAAGCGGUGUCGGCGAUCGUCCUCGAAAGCGAUGGUUGAGUGUAGUGAUCAGGCGGUGGUGACUGAGUCGGAGCAAGUUGGGAAUUGUGAAAGUGGAAUCAACGGUCCGAAGAGCAAGAUGGAGUUGAAGAUGUCCAAGAAGAUUGUCGUCAACAGGAAGCCUAUGACUGUGAAGGAGCUAUUUGAUACAGGUUUGCUUGAUGGGGUCUCUGUGGUUUACAUGGGAGGCAUUAAGAAGGCUUCGGGUUUACGAGGUGUGAUUAGAGAUGGAGGAAUAUUGUGCUCGUGCAGUCUAUGCAAUGGAGGCAGAGUCAUUCCACCUUCCCAAUUCGAGAUCCAUGCUUGCAAACAAUAUAGGAGAGCUGCGCAAUAUAUUUGUCUCGAAAAUGGAAAGAGCCUGCUUGAUCUGUUGAGAGCAUGUAGAGGAUCUACCCUACAUACUUUGGAGGUGACAGUUCAAAAUUUUGUUUGUUCUCAACCCGAAGAAAAAUAUUUUACCUGUAAAAGGUGCAAAGGAUGUUUCCCUUCUUCAUUUGUAGAAAGAGUGGGGCCCAUAUGCCGCUCUUGUGUGGAAUCAAAGAAGUCUGAAGAAAGUUCAGAUGACAUAGUUGGCAAAAGAGUUAGGUCUCCUAGACCAGUCCUACUCUCCAAACCAUCCAGUACUUCUGAGCUGUCUGUCUCUUCACAAAUUAGGAGACACUGGAAGAAAAGAACAAAGUCAUCAAAAAGGGUUAACCAUUCAAGUUCUUCCAAGAAUGUUUCUUUGGCCGUUCUACCCCGGAAGAAAAAUUUGUUGAAGAUGAAAAAGAAGUCACGGUCUGUAAAGGUGAAGUCUUCGGAAAAAACUUCAAAUUCAAAGUGCUCAUCUAAUAAGAGUCAAUGGAAGAUAACCAAGAAGGAUCAGCGGUUGCAUAAGUUAGUUUUUGAGGAAAAUGGAUUGCCCGAUGGAACUGAAGUAGCUUAUUAUGCCCGUGGACAGAAAUUGCUUGAAGGUUUCAAAAUGGGCUCUGGAAUUGUUUGUCGAUGCUGCAACACUGAGAUCAGCCCCUCACAGUUUGAGGUCCAUGCAGGCUGGGCUUCUCGCAAGAAACCCUAUGCAUACAUUUACACAUCAAAUGGGGUGUCUCUCCAUGAGUUAGCAAUAUCUCUCUCAAAGGAUCGAAAAUACUCUGCAAAGGACAAUGAUGAUCUAUGCAUUGUUUGUUGGGAUGGUGGUAAUCUGUUGCUUUGUGAUGGAUGCCCAAGAGCAUUUCAUAAAGAAUGUGCUGCUCUAUCAAGUAUUCCGCGUGGUGACUGGUACUGUCAAUUUUGCCAAAACAUGUUCCAGAGAGAGAAGUUUGUGGCACACAAUGCCAAUGCCAUGGCAGCUGGAAGGGUUGAAGGAGUUGAUCCUAUUGAACAGAUUACCAAUAGAUGCAUUCGCAUAGUCAAAGACAUUGAAGCCGAGCUUAGUGGGUGUGCUUUAUGCAGGGGUGUUGAUUUCAGCAGAUCUGGCUUUGGUCCACGCACAAUAAUACUGUGUGACCAGUGUGAAAAGGAAUAUCAUGUUGGCUGCUUGAGGGAUCACAAGAUGGCAUAUUUAAAGGAAUUGCCGCAAGGUAAUUGGCUUUGUUGCAAUGAUUGCACAAGAAUACAUUCUACUUUGGACAACCUUCUGGUAAGGGGGUCCGAGAGACUCCCUGAAUCUCUCUUGAGUGUUAUAAAGAAGAAGCAAGAGGAAAAAGGAUUAGAACCCAUCAAUGAUAUUGAUGUAAGAUGGAGGCUUCUUAAUGGUAAAAUUGCUUCUGCUGAAACUAGACCAUUGCUUUUGGAGGCUGUUUCAAUCUUUCAUGAAUGCUUUAAUCCUAUAGUUGACGCUGCUAGUGGACGUGACCUUAUUCCAGCCAUGGUUUAUGGGAGGAAUGUGAGGAAUCAGGAAUUUGGAGGAAUGUAUUGUGCAUUACUAAUAGUCAAUUCAUCUGUGGUAUCUGCGGGCAUGCUUCGAAUUUUUGGCACAGAUAUUGCUGAACUCCCUUUAGUUGCAACUAGUAAUGGGAACCAUGGAAAGGGCUACUUCCAAACACUCUUCUCCUGCAUCGAGAGGCUCCUGGCUUUCUUGAAUGUGAAGACCCUUGUGUUGCCAGCUGCAGAAGAAGCAGAAUCCAUAUGGACGGAUAAAUUUGAGUUUAGCAAGAUGAAACCAGAUCAGGUUACAAACUAUAGAAAACACUGCAAUCAGAUGGUCACGUUCAAAGGGACAAAUAUGCUGCAUAAAAUGGUGCCUCCGUGUCGGGUCAUCAAUAAUCAAUCAUGACAUUUUUUUUAUAGAAAAAAAACAAGAGUCAAUCGUGAAAGGGGAAAACCCCUAGUUUCUAACCUCCUUUUUCCUUUCUUCAGGUUUUGUACAUAUAUUAACUUUUGGCUAUUUGAAGCCAUUCCUGAAACAUUCCUUCCAUUUGUUUAAACAUUUAUAAUGUCUUGUGUUAUAUUUUAAUUUUAAUAUUAGUUUAUGUUAAGAAUACCCCAGCUCUUGAUCUUUGACAAGUGCUUUGCAAUAUAA